AUGUUUAGAAAAUUAAAAUCAAUAUUUUCUAGACCAAAAUUAGCACCUGAGAUAACAGAUUGCAAGAAUGAAGGUGCCCCUCCACCACCAAAGGCAUCAACAGGCCAGGAUGAAAAUAAAGCAACAAAUGAACCACAGAAAGCAGAGGCCAACAAUAAAGCAGAGCCUGUACCAAAGCAACAAGAUACAGAAUCAGCAAAAGCACCUGAGCCUUCAAAACCUGAAAACUCAACUGAACCAGCUAAGACAACUCAACAGGAAGAGCAUGAACUCAAAGAUGGGAAAGAGAAUAUUAACACACAGAAGCCAGCACGUCCAGGUUUCCAAACAAAUGAGUAUGCUGAUGCCCAACUUCAAGAGAUUGUCAAAAAAUUGCGUGAAAGAGCAAAUGUGUAUAAGGAAAAGCUGAAUGAUCCAGUGAUAUCUUCACCUGAAGCAAGUCCUCCAGUUUGUAAGUCCAGUUUGUAUUCCUAAAAAGAGGAGGCAGAAGCAAAGCCAGAAGAGGAUCAUUACUGUGAUAUGCUGUGCUGUAAAUUCAAAAAACCUCCAAUGAAAAAAUACAUGGAGUACAUGAAGCUACCAGAUACCAUUGACUCAUACACAGAUCGCCGUUACGUGGCGUGGCUCAUGCUUGUGACAAUUGCCUAUAACUGGAACUGCUGGUUCAUUCCCCUGCGCUAUGUGUUCCCAUACCAAACCCCCAGUAACACAAUAUAUUGGCUUGUCAUUGAUGUAAUGUGUGAUAUCUGCUACCUGUGCGACUUAAUCAUUUUCCAGCCCCGAGUGCGGUUCAUCAGAGGGGGAGAUAUAAUAGUAAACAGAGCAGAAACGGAAAAAUUCUACCGGAGCACUGUGAAGUUUAGGCUUGAUGUGAUAUCAGUGAUUCCAUUUGACAUUUUAUACUUCUUCUUUGGAUUUAAUCCAGCACUUCGAGCAAACAGGAUGUUAAAGCAUAACACAUUCUUUGAGUUUAAUGAUCGUUUGGAAGCUAUUAUGGAGAAAGCAUACAUCUACAGGGUCAUUCGAACAACUGGAUAUUUGCUGUUUAUCUUGCACAUUAAUGCAUGCCUGUAUUAUUGGGCUUCAGACUAUGAAGGAAUUGGCAGCACUAGAUGGGUCUAUGACGGCGAAGGAAACAUGUACCUGAGGUGUUACUACUGGGCAGUUCGUAGUUUAAUCACCAUUGGUGGCCUUGCAGAACCACAAACACUGUUUGAGAUCAUUUUUCAACUGCUGAAUUAUUUCAUGGGCGUCUUUGUCUUCUCCAGCUUAAUUGGCCAGAUGAGAGACGUAAUCGGAGCAGCAACAGCAGGGCAGAACUACUUUCGGUCCUGUGUGGACAACACUGUCUCCUAUAUGAACACUUAUUCUAUUCCAAAAUUGGUGCAAAAUCGUGUUCGAACUUGGUAUGAAUACACAUGGGACUCUCAAGGAAUGCUGGAUGAAUCAGAAUUAUUGGAGCAGAUGCCAACCAAAAUGCAAUUAGCUGUUGCAAUUGAUGUGAACUUUGCCAUUGUCAAUAAAGUGGACUUAUUCAAAGGCUGUGAUACCCAGAUGAUAUAUGACAUGCUGCUAAGGUUGAAAUCCAUUGUAUAUUUACCUGGUGACUUUGUCUGCAAGAAGGGAGAGAUUGGCAGAGAAAUGUACAUCAUCAAACAGGGUGAAGUUCAAGUCCUUGGAGGCCCUGAUGGUACCAAAGUCCUGGUGACACUACGAGCAGGAGCUGUAUUUGGGGAGAUCAGCCUACUAGCUGCAGGUGGAGGAAAUCGAAGGACCGCCAAUGUGGUGGCUCAUGGUUUUGCCAACCUUUUCAUUCUGGACAAGAAAACACUCAAUGAAAUCUUGGUGAACUAUCCUGACUCAGAAAAACUCCUCAUGAAGAAAGCAAAGGUGCUGCUGAAGCAGAAGGGGAAGCCUGCUCCGGGACCACCAGUGCCACAACCACGGGGCUUGGCCAGUCUCUUUGGGCAGAAACAGGAAACUCCGAAAUUGUUUAAAGCAAUGCUUGGAGGAAAAGGGAGAGAAGGCCUUGCUAAGCUGCUGCAGCUGAAGAAACAACAAGAAACUCAGGUAAAGCCACAGAAAAUAGAAACUUUGCACUUUGCUCAAGCAAAUGACUACAACAAUAAGAUUGGAGCAGAAAUACUGUUCAUUUCAGAAGCUAAAGCUGAAACAGAGACAAAGCCUAAAGAAGACGAGAAGAAACCUGUGGAGCCUGCAGCCCCCUCUGCACCCCCUGCUCAAAAGGAAAAGCCCAAGGAAGAUGCUAAGCCUGCAGUUAUACAGAGAGCAACCAGUAAGGAGUCUCUGAUCAUCAGUAUGACACCAUCCCCCAGAGCAGGAGAAGGAGAGAUCCUUAAAGUUGAAAUUAAAGAGAAAGAGAAGAAAUAGAGGGUGCUUUGGGGUGUGGUCCUAUCUGUUCGUCUUGCUAUAUUCAGAGGACUGGCCGGACUUUGCUUUUGGGUAUAGAAUAUAAAAGUAGAGACAACGCAUGAGAAAAAUCUACUCCAGCUCCUCGUCUUCUUGCCCUCCUCUCCUGACACAACUGCAUAAAUUAUUUAUAUUUUUAACCUUGACACUGAAGAGAGAACUUUUGGUGUAUUAGAAAUUACAGCUCAGACUAUUUCACAACCACUUGUUUCUUGUUUUAUCCAUGCUCUCACUUUUUUCUUACUCUGUCUUGUUUCUACUUGUCCUCUUCCCUCUCCUCUUCAUCCUUGCUUUCUUACUGCUGUUCCUGUUGCUCAGUCUGCUCUCAACUUUUGUAUGUAGUCUUUUCUGUUUUCUCCUCUGCCUUCCUAUAGUUAUCCUUUUUCUUGCUACUGCCCUACUGUUGUUAAGGUUCCUUAUGUUUCUCUCUAUACAUCUCUCUCCUCCCCUUAUACUUCUAAUCGGUGACCUGGGUUUGUGACCAGCGUGGCACAGAGCAGACAGCAGGUGCUGUGUGUUGGGAUGUUUUACCUUGGGAGACAGGGCAACAUAACAAAACCAUUGUCAAAAAAUAAAUCCCAAAAUCCACCAGAGGGAAGCAGAUUACAGAAUUACUGCCAGCCCUCUGAAAGCAUAAACAUCAGCUCCAGCUGUCUUUGACUCUGGCAAAUUAACAUGGGAAAGACUUAGAUAGUUCACCCUUCAGAGGUGACCUGUAACUUUGGGCUGCUGAUUCACUUGCUUGAUCUUGUCACGGGAUUGGGCUCUUCAUCUUCAUCUCUGAAAAGUAAGCACUUGAUACAGCUGUCUGAAGAAUCUUGGUAUCUAAACCAGCUACUUCAAAAAUAAAGGCUAUUUUAUAAAAAUAAAUAUUUUUUUUUAUUUUUUUUUUUUAUAAAAAGCAGGAUUUACACUUUCUGGUUCUGCAUUGCAAAAUUGCAACCAAUGCUCCAGUUGUUCAUCUGCAUCAUAGACUUUGACUAAUGGUGCACAGAAAAACCUGUGUGUUCCACGUCUUAGCUACAUCACACUUGUGAGCUACAGUAAAUCCUUCAUGAGUGCCCCAUCUCGGGGAUACAGCCUCCCAAGCAGGAGCUCCCACACUGCCAACCUUCUGCACCGACUCAUCGGUCUCAGAUGCAAUAUUACACAAAAGCUUGAAGCUGUGUUUUAAGGUUAACUCCCAACUACUUUAUUUUCUUCCAAGGGUUUGCAUCUCCUCUCUCUCCCAAUCCCCUUUCAGAUACCACUGGAUGAACAGUUUUGUAAACUAAAAACAUUAUGCAGAGGCCAAACCAAGAAGUGGCAAGGGCAGACUUCACAGCUCCUUGGCUGACCAACUAACCAAAGGCGGCACCAUGCCACAGUAAAACACUCACUUUCAGGCUAUAUAUGACCCUGCAGGCUAUGCAUUCUGUAGGCCUGUUCUUUAAAGCCUUUCAACUUCUGUAAUCACAGUCAAAACUGGAAGCUGAACCAGAAUCAGUGGGAAGUUUGCCCAAGUAAAAGCUGGAUGACUGAAUUCCGUAUGUUGCAUAUUUCACAAUCCUCUGACGUGACCAAAAUUGUAAUCUCUUUGAAAGUUCUCUUUCAAACAAAGCUCUGCUGCAUCAGCAGUGAGGUGAAGGUUCAACUGCUUUGAGGAGAGAACCAUCUCUACUUUUAUGCUACUUGUUAUUUGAUAUGUACAAAAAAAGGACAUCAUAACAGAGGGAGAAAAUUUUAAAUUGUUUCAUAAAUAUUCAUCUAUUGCACAUCCAGGACUGUCUCAAUAAAAUCUCAAGAUUAGAAAUACUGUGGAACUCUUUCAUGAAUGACACCUCCUAUGAAUAAUAAUAAUCUAUGAAUUACAAUAUAUAGUUUCACAUCCUUUCUUUCUGAGAAAGAGUUGUCAAAGCAUUAUGGAAGGGGGGAAAAUAUUCCCCAUAUUUUAACAUAUUUACGUGAAUGAGUAAAGCUCACUCUCACUGAAAAGAACUGAUUCCCUUCUGCCUACACAAACGCUACCAGGUAAUUUCCAACAUUUUCUCUGUGGGCAUAUUUAAGUUCAUCAAUCACACACUGACAUAAAUUACAAAGUAAAGGCUGAGACUGCAGCACCAAGUGCUUCACUGCAGUGACAGAGCUUCCCACAAAUUGCUGUUUUGCUACAGCUCAUAACAGCCCAGGUUUGCAGAAAAGUUUGACAGUUCUGUCUGCAAGAUUACUUUAUGCACAGCCCUUGAGUUCCUUAAACCCAAAACAAAAUAGGGGAAGUAUCAGCGCAGAAGACAGUGGCCACACAUAAAUAACAUCCAUUUGGUUUUCUGUGAUGUCCUACUUUUCCAUUGUUGGGGUAUUUUCCUCUUCCCACAAUUCUUCCAAUUCUUAGGGUUGGCAGGUACAAGAAGGCUCCACAAAUCAAAAUUGCAAUUAUUUGUAUGGUUUUCACCAGAUGGAAUGAUAAAGAAAGGUCAAGAUGGAAGAUGAAAUAAAUUCUUUCGGGAACUAAUUCUACCCUGUAGAUUCUUGACUAGUGAAGAAGCAGAAUUAAUUACUCUGGUGCACUUAGAAGAUGUAGUUUCCAGUAUCACAGUUGUCUCUGUGUGGCAUUACAUUCGACUGCAACACUGCCUCCUGUAUCUCUUAGUGUCCUUAUCAAGUCCCUCGGACUUGGCGACACUUGAAUGUAAAGAAACUGAAGGGUAGAGUAGAUUAAUGUAUUUGAAAACUAAAAAUAACCAUCCCUCUAUGCCUCUUUAAUGAUGUGGAUAUCAUUUUGGGAAAAAAGUUUUGGAAAACCUGAUACUAAUUGUAUGAAAUAGCAUGCAUGGGAGAACUCUAAUGUGGCACAAGGCAUGAAACAGUCACAGUUAAAGCUGUCCAACUUCAGAAUAUCUUCUUGCUAGAAGACAGUAUAAGAUGCUUUAUGAAGAAUAAACUGCAGAGUCAUAACCACUAAGUGGAAAGG